AUGAUGAAUGAGAUAGGAUUUCGGAGGAUCCCCCCUGACCAGCUGUCGGGGAGCGUCCACACCGUUGGCACCCAGCGCCACCCGAGCGUCAUCGACCCGAUCCCAUCCAAGCGGGUGUGCUUCUACAAAAGUGGAGACCCUCAGUUCAAUGGCCUGCGUAUGGUCAUCAACAACCGCACCUUUAAAACCUUCGACGCUCUCUUGGACAGCUUGUCUAAAAAGGUUCCUCUACCGUUCGGCGUCAGGAACAUCACCACCCCUCGAGGAGUUCAUGCGGUUUACACCUUGGAUGAACUGGAGGACGGAAAAUCCUACAUCUGCUCCGACAGCCGUAAAGUAAAACCCAUCAAUCUGGCGCUGGCUAGGAAGAAGCUGCCGCCUUGGUAUCACGCCCGACCUGCUAGCUCUCGUCGUCGGACAGUUCAACAAGCCAGAUUUUUCCCCGGGAGGAACGUCAACGGGCCGGAGCAGGUGGUUGCUGUUCGAACACCGAAGAGGCUGCUGGUGUUUCGUAAUGGAGAACCCUCGAUUAGACACACUGUGCUGCUCCAAAAGAGGACGACACCCACGUUUGAGUCUAUCCUGGGAUAUAUUUCAGGGCUGAUGGAAGUCCGUGUGGUGAAGUUAUACACGCCCGACGGCAGACGUGUGGAUGGUCUCCCAGGCUUGAUAUUGUGCUCUGGGACUGUUGUGGCUGCAGGUCGGGAGCCUUUCCGGUCUGCAAACUACGAUGCACAGAAAUCACCAGCUCCAUCCCGGCUGCACGCCAACCGAUUGGUUCCCAAGAGACUAAAGACUUUAAACCGUAAAAAGAAGUUGCUCUCAUAUUCACCAAAGUCAAGAAACUUCUCCCCCGCAUCAGAGAGGUACAUUGUGAGUCGGAUUCAUAACUCCAUUGCGGGAAGUUCAUGUGAACUACCCAGUAACCCCAGUAACUCCAUGGAGUUGGAGACAAGCCGUUUACUGGGGUCGGUCGCAGAAACGGAGCAUGACACCUGCCUCAGCGAUGGGACGGGGGAAGGGAUGCCCACUGAGGACGACAUUGAGAAGUCCUUUCGUGUGAACCAGGAUGGCAGUAUGACAGUGGAAAUGAAGGUGCGGCUAACAAUUAAGGAAGAGGAAAUUGUCCAUUGGACGACAACCCUGACACGGUCCAGUGUUGCCAAUCAGCUUAAUGCGAGCAGUCUACUGGUGUCAGAGCCAGAGAAGUGCUCGCCUGAAUCAAACUCAUUGGAUUUACAAAGCCCGGCUGCCUCCACUGACACCAUUAACAGGAAUGAAACUAAAGACAACAACGAUGAGGAUCCACCAUCAAUGGGUAGUGCAGCUUUCAGCGAAAAUAGUAAUGAAGAGGUUGACAUCAAAGUACCGAUGGAUGUGCUUUCCCCUUGGAGAGCUCCAACCCCAGGACACAAGCAACUUACAAGAAGGCAAUCUUCUUUGGACAGCCUAAAAUCAGUGAUGGCAGACAGGGUUCAACAGACACACAAUAGAGCCAUGACAGAGCAAUACCGCAUGGUCAAGCAGAGUGGCACUAGACCAGUACCCAAACCCAGAAGAUUAGGAUCUGUAGAUGCCAAAACUAUAAACAGCAGAAAUGUAUCCACAUUCAAUUCAGCGAGCAUGACUGAAAUCAUGCAGGUUGAUUCCGCCGAGGAGGAAGUCACUGAAACUGUUGUACGCAUAUAUGAACAACAGACAUACCAGGAUAAUUUCCUUUCAAACUUUUAUACACAUGAAGCAUCCACAUCUGGGAUAUCUUAUUCUAGGCCAGCUACUUCAGAAACAGGACGGCUUUCCUCCAGCAAUGAAUUUGAACCCGAGCUCUGGAGACCCUCGACAGCUUCUGAGGCCAUGAGUAUCUGGAGGGCGGAGAGCAUGUCAGUAAUGUCUGAUUUAACCGUGCCGUCAUUUAAGACUGGGGCAAUUCAAGCAACAAAUAGGAAACUACACUUCUCAAAGUCCACUUAUGGCAAAGAGAAGCCAGAACAAAGAGAGGUUAAUAAAGACAAGAUGUUAUCCUCAAAACCCAAAGUGAUCAACAAACGUGUUCAUCGACUCAUGUCACCAGGCAAAAGGAGAAACAAAACUCCUGCAGAAGCAACCGAGAAACAAAAGAAAGUGAAAACUUUCUCCAGUGCUGGAUUCAUUAAGAGAAUUUAUGGGAAUAAAUCAAAACCAGCUAAAGCCAUUAUGAAGCCUAAAAGGAGAUCUAUACAAAACAGUGAUGGAGGUGAUACAACAAAGAGCUCAAAAUCAUCAGGUGAGACAAUAAAAGACCUAACUAUACCAUCACCACAGAAAAUAAACAUAAGUAAGACAGUUACUCCUGAAACAAGCAGGCUGAAGGUUUCUCUCACUGAAGUAAACCAGCCACGGGCAACACUGCAACGUCAGACAUCAAUGCAUCCGGAGAAAAACAACAAAAACGAGUCUUAUGAUGUCAGUGAAAGCAUGUCAAUGCCUGCUUUUAACUCCUCCAGCUCUGUCACUAAUGAAUAUGUAGAGAACUGGCUGGAGAAAGCCGAUCUUAAUCCCACUGACGACUCAGAUGUGGAAAGUAAGAGCUUGGAGGCAGUUAUUCAUGAGAAAACAGAAAAUGAUAUGUUUGGGGAGUCAGAGAGUGACUGUGGGUUGAUUACUGUUGCAGAGGAGGUAAAGUGUUGUGAGAAAUCAGAAAUGCAAACACCACUGCCUGAAAAUGUGCAAGUAAAUUCUGUCAAACAGAGAAUCCAGUCUUUUGAAAACAAAUCAGGUUCAUCAGUGGAGACAACGACGGCCAUGCAGCAAAUCACUCAUGGUCAUGCCACCUCUACAAAUACAGACAACUGCAAUAGAUAUGAAGUGAAUAACACAGAGGAAAUGAAACCCAACUCGGAAGCGUCACCUCCUGUCAGUCAAAAGUCAAAUAAAAAGCAGCUCUCCAGAAACCUCUCCUCCGAGACUGUGUCAGAGUCUCCGAAUAAAACACAAUCGCCAUCCGACAGCGAGUAUCAACAGUCAAUAAAAUCAACUUCUGAGAUGGACGAAAGAUCAGAAACAUCUGAUCAGAGUGACGACAAUAAGGUGAACGAGACAGAUGACCUUAGAAAAGCCUAUCAAGACAAAUCCAUAGACACACACAUAAUGCCACAGCCGUUAAACAUCUCAAACCAGCCAAACAUGAAACCAGUGCUUGAGAAGAUUUGCUACUCAAUCAAGUCAAUUAGACAAAUCACACAGAACAAACGUCAAUCAUGUCUGGAAAAGUCCAACAGCUUGCCUGACUUCUCCUCUCAUGUGGCUUCUACAUUUGGCUCAUCAUCUAAAGCUCUCCUUGCUUUCUUGGCCGUCAUGACCUUAAAAGAAGGUAUAACUAACCUAAAUGGGGAUGAGCUGAAUGUAAACAAUGUCAGUUGUGCAGAAGCUUUGAAAAUGAUCGAUUCCCUCAGAGAGAUCGCCAACAUUGAAGAUUCUCACAAGUUAAAAACUAGUUUGUCCGAUUUACAAAAGUCAGCUUCGAAACAGCUCCUGGAAAGUUGGAGGGGCUUUCAGGAAAUCAGUGAUAAAUGCAAGAGUCGCAGCUCAACACCAAAUUGUUCGGAGCAAGAAUUUAUGUCCGAGGCUAGUAGUGAACAAGGCCUUGAAGAAAAUGUUAUUGAUGAGAUGAUGAGUGGGCUCGACAUACCUGAGACACUUAAGGAGGAACUGGCUUAUCUUUCGGCGGAUAUCGAAAGUGAGAGUGACAAUGAAGGAAAGACGUCAGCAGAUGAGGCCUUUAAUGUCAAGGAUGUAACUCAAGAUGAUGAAGCUAAAGUUGAUAUUGGUUCCAACAUUAAAAACUUCACAGACAUUAACCAGCUGAAACAAUCCAAUGUAGAGAUAGUCAGUCAGAAAACCAAUUUAAAGCAGGUUUCAACGGACCAGGCAACUGAAGACGAUGACGAUGAUCAACAUGGUCAGAACUGUGCAGCUAAAUAUCCACCACCAGUUGAACAUAAUAUUGAACAAUCAUCUGAAGAAAGGCAGCUUAACAGUCAAGAGGAUGAAGAAAAUCAGCAGCAAAGCCACGAUGAAGACACAUUAAGCCAAGAAAAGGCGAAUAUGAGUGGCGCUGAGAGUUGUAGCUCUAAAGAAGAGGAGCAAGAUAAGGAGUGUAGGCAAAGUGAGGAAAGCGUUUGUAUUCCUGAGUCAGGUUCAGAUGACGAAGGGCAGAGGAUGUCAAGUGCCAAUAAAGAUUUAGAACAGAAAGUGAGCGGUGAGGAAAGUAUUUCUAACUCAGAAGCAGGUGAACAACAAAGCUCAGAAGAGGAGUCUGAAGUUCAAUGUGAGGAGAGAAAACAGGAGAGCAGGGAAAGUGACCUAUCAGAUCCUGAACCUCACUUUGAACCACCAAGCACUGUCUACGUGAAACUGAACGCCAGUAGUAAGGGGAGCAACUUGAGCCCAGAUAAUGAAAACCAGUCGUUGUCAGAGGAAGAGCAAGCAGAAGUUGAACGCGCAUCUAACUCAGACAUUAAUGAGCCAUCGUCUUCAGAGGCAGAGCAGUCAGAGGUUGAACGCAAGGAACUAAACGCUAUAGUUGAGGUGAAUUUAUCUGAACCUGAGGAAGAACAUGAAAGCGAGGAAGAACACCUCGAUGAUCAGCAAGAUGAUAAAAUGAAAGAGUUUAAAGAGACAGAUGAGGACAAGGUUAACUCAGAAGAUGAGGACAUUGAUGCUGACAAUAUUAUACGCAAUGUGAUAGAAAGUCAGGAUUCACCUAUCAUCAUUAAAGACAGUCUGAUAGAAGAGUCUGACACAUUGGAAAAGCAUGAUAGUUUUAAUGUAGAGGAGGACAGUGGGAAUGACCACAGCAGCUGUGAAGAACUAGAGCCACCAAAAGUAAAACAAAUCAGCAGCUCCACUGAGGAGGAAUUAAGCUGCUAUGACAAAGUCUUAAGCUUAGAGGAGGAACAUGCCAAUAUUGACAGACACAUAGAGGAGAGCUGUGUAGAUUAUCAAGAAGCUCCUGUAAUAGCAAAAUCGCCUGAAGAUACAAAACCUGAAAAGGCCAUAGUAUCAAAGUCGGUGGCAGAGAAGGUGAGUUUUCUGGAAAAGAAAUCUGCCCAGAAGAUAACAAUUGUUUCACAAAAAAAUGUCCCUCUUGUGACAGAUGUUGAGGAAUCUCCCUCCGAAUCUCCCACAUCUGAGCCAGCUGUCAGCGCCCAACCAGUCCCUCAAUCGUCAUUGUCUUUCAGCUACGAUUGCAGUGGCAUUAUUACCACAGAGCCCGAGGGCAGCAGGGUGAAGUCAAUCAGAGAAAUGUUCCUGGCAAAGAGCUCAACAGAUACACAGCAAGGGCAGCGACGUUUGCCGAGCUCGAACAGAUCGGAGCGGGUCGAGUUAAGAGCCGAGACAUCAACCAGUGGCGGCUAUCAGUCUCAGACUUCGAGCGAGCUGUCCAGUGGCGAAGAUGAUUCAUCGCGGACGACCAUCAGUAAAGGCUUUGUGAGGAGAACAAUUGAAAGGCUUUACGGCAAGAAGGACGUUACUCCUGAAGAGGUUGAAAGCGAAAGGCCUCCGUCUGCACCCAAGCAGAAAAAGAAAGAACAGCCAAACAUUUUCUCUCCUUUCCACAUGGCCCGCUCCAAAGCCAUGUCUGAGUUGUCUUAUUUCAAUUCCACUAAUGCACUGGACACCUUAAGUGAAGCGACACGAUGCAUUGCUUUUAAUGCACAAGUCGGGCCUGGAGACAGUGUCCCCAUUGAUAAAGGUAGAUGGCUCCUGAAUGAGAGCACACUGAUGAGAAAGUCUGUUUCCGACCCAGUUGGGAUUAGCAAAAACUGUCCCAAAGAUGAAGGAAUAUGUGAGGAUACAGCAGAGAGCACUCCAUAUUCCCUCUUCAACACAAAGUCUGAAGUGGAAGACACGAAAAAGUCAUUUUCUACAAAGUGCACCUACUUUUCUUUGCCCCAUGCCAGUGACUCUGAGGUGUGUCAGGAGGAGCUGAGCACAGCGAGCAAAGGCAGCUUGAACGGCGAUAGCAUCACAGAGACAAAAGACAAUUCAGAGGACACUAAAACGUGGGCGGAGAAGAACGGCACACUUCCCAUUGUCAGCAUUACAGACUUUAAGAUGAAGGAUAACAAAGUGCACCCAGUGACAGAUAAUGCGGUUGUAGCGGUACAGCCUAAAAAAGGUCAGACUGUUGUGAACAGAAGGCCUCAAGAACCUGAUGUGUUGGACAUAGUGUACAAUUUUUGUGGUCAAAACUGUCCCAUCUUGUAA